CGCUGAAUUAGAACUUUUGAUGUACAUACAAAAAAUCGAGCUGGAGUGCGGUGGAAAAAAUAUUGAUUAAUUAAUAUCUGUGCUAAGACAGAUAUAUUUGUUAAAACGAUAUGACUGAUCAACGGGGGACUAGAGUUUACGUUGGCAACUUAACGGAUAAGGUCAAAAAAGACGAUCUCGAAGGUGAAUUUACAAAGUACGGCAAACUGAAUUCGGUAUGGAUUGCAUUUAAUCCACCCGGAUUUGCCUUUGUUGAAUUCGAGCAUCGUGACGAUGCCGAAAAGGCAUGUGACAUUCUCAAUGGCUCCGAACUCUUGGGUUCACAAUUGCGAGUCGAAAUCAGCAAGGGACGUCCGCGACAAGGCCGGCGUGGUGGACCAGGCGACCGAGGACGCCGCGGCGAUGUCGGCGGCCGGCACAGCAUAACAAAUAGCAGUGGAGGUGGUUUUCGGCAACAGCGCGGAUCGAGCAGCUCCAGCAGCCGCCAUUGUGAACGCAGUUACAGCUCGGGACGCUCCAAUUCGGGCUACGGCGGUGGUGGCAACAGCCGUGAUGGCGGCAGCAGCAGCAAUGGCUUCAGCCGUCGCGAUGCGUACAGCAGUGGAGUUCGAGAUAGCAAUCGCUAUGGCGGCAGCAGCAGCAGUUCAAGCUACAGUCGCAAUGGUGGGCAAGGCGGUGGAGGACGUUUUAGAUCCCGUUCACCAGUCAUAUAUCCUCGGUUUUAAUGUUAAUCCAUAAAUACGCAUCCACACACAUUUCGUAUUCAAUUUCUCGAAGCCGCUAAUAAAAACAAACCCCAAUAUUCAACGUUCAUUGCGAUAUUGAUGCGAUUCUGCUAUCAUAAGGAUGCAAAGAGAAGAGAGGAAGCAUUGCUAAUAUGUACAUAACAUACAUAUACAAUACAUAUAUAUUGAUAUCAUUAAGGAAAUAUGCAUCUUUUUAACACAUAUAUUUCUAUGCUAGGACAUCAGCUUUGGUAUAACAACAAACAAAAAACAUACUAUUUAUUUACACAUACAACAAAUUGCAUCAAACAAAUUCUUAAUUUAAAUCGAAAAAAUAUUCAAAUUUAAGAAACUAAAUUAGCCAACUAUUAAAAAUAAUUAAGAUACAUAUAUUUAAAACAAAAUAUAUACGGACUUAGUUUUACCGACAAACCUAGAAUACAUAAAUCUAAUAAAAUUGUCAGAAUCGUAUUUGA